AUGGAUAGAGAUUAUGGCCCUGGAUCUUAUGGAGGGAUGGAUCAUGACUAUGGCCAUGGAUCCUAUGGGGAUCAAAGAUCCAUGGAUUCCUACCUAAACCAGUCAUAUGGCAUGGACAGUCACAGUGGUGGUGGUGGGGGUAGCAGGUUUGGACCUUAUGAGUCUUACGACUCCAGGUCUUCUCUGGGUGGGCGAGAUCUGUACAGAUCUGGCUAUGGUUUUAAUGAACCCGAACAAAGCCGCUUCGGAGGUAGUUAUGGUGGUCGAUUUGAGAGCUCCUACCGGAAUAGCCUUGACUCUUUCGGAGGUAGAAACCAGGGCGGGUCUAGCUGGGAAGCACCUUACUCCCGUUCAAAAUUGAGGCCUGGGUUUAUGGAGGACAGAGGAAGAGAGAAUUACUCUUCCUACAGCAGUUUUUCUUCACCCCAUAUGAAGCCUGCACCUGUAGGCUCUCGGGGGAGAGGAACGCCUGCUUAUCCUGAAAGUACGUUUGGAAGCAGAAACUAUGAUGCUUUUGGAGGACCAUCAACAGGCAGAGGCCGAGGCCGAGGACAUAUGGGUGAUUUUGAAAGCAUUCAUAGACCUGGAGUUGUUAUUGACUAUCAAAACAAACCCACCAAUGUGACAGUUGCUGCUGCAAAAGGAAUAAAGAGAAAAAUGCCAUUUAAUAAACCCAGUGGAACCUCUGUCAAGAAACCCAAGCUAGCAAAACCUACGGAGAAGAUGAGCCUCAGCAAAUCGCCCACAAAAACUGAUUCUAAAAAUGAAGAAGAAGAGAAGCGACGAAUUGAGGCUCGGCGAGAGAAACAAAGGCGCAGAAGAGAAAAAAACAGUGAGAAAUAUGGAGGUGGCUACAGGAUGGCAUUCACAUGUUCAUUUUGUAAAUUUCGAACAUUUGAAGAGAAAGAUAUUGAACUGCAUCUGGAAAGUUCUUCACACCAGAAAACAUUAGAUCAUAUUCAGAAACAAACCAAAUUUGAUAAAGUAGUUAUGGAGUUUUUGCAUGAAUGCAUGGUGAAUAAAUUCAAGAAAACAUCUAUUCGUAAGCAACAGACAAUUAAUCAAAUGGAAGUAGUCAAAAUGACAGGAAAAGAUAUUAUGGAAGGUGUUACUGUGGAUGAUCACAUGAUAAAAGUGGUGACUGUUCACUGCAGUGCUUGUAGUCUGUAUAUCCCUGCUUUAUAUAGUGCAGUUCAGCAUCACUUAAAAUCUCCCGAUCACAUAAAAGGGAAGCAGGCUUAUAAGGAACAAAUAAAAAGAGAGAGUGUCUUGACUGCUACAAGCAUUUUAAAUAAUCCAGUAGUGAAGGCACGAUAUGAACGUUUUGUUAAGGGUGAAAAUCCUUUUGAAAUUAAAGAUCAUUCUCAGGAUCAGCAAGUAGAAGGAGAUGAAGAUGAUGAAGAAAAGAUUGAUGAACCUAUUGAAGAAGAGGAGGAUGAAGAAGAGGAAGAAGAAGUGGAGGAAGUGGGGGAAGUAGAGGAGGUGGAAGAAGUGGAGGAAGUGGGAGAGAGAGAAGUUGGAGAAGAAGGAGGAGUAGAGGGAGAGGGGGACAUAGAGGGGGAGAGAGUAGGGGAAGUAGGGACAGUGGAGGGAGGAGGAGAGGCAAUGGGGGAAGUAGAGGGAGUGGGAGAAGCAGAGGAAGUAGAGGAAGAGGAAGCAAAGGAAGAGCCUGUUGACUUCCCUGCUGAGCAACCUGCAGAAAAUUAAAUACAUGCUAUUAGAUUUAAAAAGAGCUUUAAAUUUCUAUCCUAAUGUGGAAAAGGGUAAGAAUUUUAAUAGCUUAAAAUAUGAGUUAACACCAAUGUUGCAUGCAUUCCACACAUUAAAAUUUGUUUUAUAUAAUUUCUGAAUGUUUGGCAUUUCAUAAAAUGAAGGUAAGAUUAUUUUAGUUUAAUUUUUAUAGCUACCAAACUUAGAUCUGAUGAACUGUUUGUAUAAUUUUUAAGCUUAAUUUUUAUUACUUUACUGGUGUUAAGGAUAACAGAUGUGUAUUAUUGUUAGUAUAUUCUAAUCAUUUGAAUUUAAAUGCUGCUCUUGGGAGUGAAUAUUCAAGUGUGCAUUAAUUUUUUGAAUACUUACCCUAGAAGAGAUAAAUUGGGCAAGUAUGUUGUGCUCUGACUGUGUAUUUUUUUACCACAUUGAACAUUGAAUAGUAAUUUGCGUUAAGAUAUGCUUAAAGGCUUUUUGUGACUAUGUUUCCCCUUUGUAGCAAUAAAAUGUUUUUUUACAAAAACUUUCUCCCUGGAUUAGCAAUUAAAUGAAACAGAGUUCAUCAGUUAUUUACAGUGAGUGUUUAAAAUCAAGAUUUGCCUUAAUGAUGAGUUUAGCUCACAAAUAUUUCAAGAUGAUUGAGAAGACUUAAAACAUUUUUCUGUCAUAUUUUUAAAGAGUAUGACUAAAAAAAUUUUUAAAAAAAUACAUUUCAAAUAGAGGUCACUCUAUAACUGACCUUGUUUAUGUUUGUUUUCAUUUGUUCUUUUUUUCUGUGCCUGUGUCAAAUCUUGAAAUCUUCUGAAAAUACAUUUGAAUACAAGUAAA